CUCAGUCUUUGUUUCUCAUCACUGCUCAAUGCUCAACAGCUAAAUGCAAGUGGCGUACCUCGACUCGAACGCAACGACGCCGCUCGCGCCCGCCGUGCUCGCUGCCGUCCAAAGCGCGCUGACCGACGCCUGGGGCAACCCGUCCAGCGCCCACCCCGCAGGCCAACAAGCCAAGAAAGUGAUUGCCGCUGCCCGAUCGCAGGUUGCGACCAUGCUGGGCGUCGCAGAUCACCCCGAGUAUGUCAUCUUCACGUCGGGAGGAACUGAGGCCAACAACAUGGCCAUUCGCAGCGCCGUGGCGUCUGCUCGACCUGCUGCUGCGACCAACAGCGCACGCUCGCGCCCACACGUCAUCACGAGCAACGUCGAGCACGACUCUGUCAAGCUGGUGCUCGAGGCACUGGUUGCCGAGGGAGCUAUCGAGCUCAGCGUCGUCAACGUUGCGCAGCAAACGGGUGUCGUCAAUGUCGACGCGGUUGUUGCUGCUGUUCGACCUGAAACCGUUCUCGUGACAAUCAUGCUGGCCAACAACGAAGUCGGCACCAUCCAGCCGAUUGCUGCGAUCUCUGCUGCCAUGCAGGAGCUCUCGAACGCGCGACCCGCCGAUCACCCUCGCAUUUUGGUGCACACGGACGCUGCACAGGCUAUUGGAAAGAUUCCAGUCAAUGUGCGCGAGCUGGGCGUUGACUAUCUCACGAUUGUUGGGCACAAGUUUUACGCUCCAAGAAACGGUGCUCUAUUUGUAAACAAUCCUCGCGGGUACACACCACUGCACCCACUGCUUCAAGGAGGAGGACAGGAGGACAAGUUCCGACCGGGCACCGAAAACACUGCGAUGAUUGCCGGUCUCGGCGCCGCGUGUGAGCUUGUCACAGCCCACUUGGCGGAUUACGCCGCGAACAUGCUUGCUACGCGAAACUACUUUGAAGAGAAAAUGCUGCAACGGUUUUCAAAGCAUCGAUUCCAAGUCAAUGGACCAACUUUCUUGGGCGCCCGGUUGCCCAACACGUGCAACUUUUCGCUGAUUGGCCAAGGACUGAUUGGCUCGCAUGUCUUGGCCGCUUGCAAAACCUUCUACGCCAGCGUAGGCGCUGCGUGCCACGCGGAGCACACGAUGCGACCCUCGCCGAUAUUGCUGGCAAUUGGAGUCAAUCCGGAAAACGCUGUCAACGCAAUCCGAGUCAGCACCGGCCGAGAUACCACUUUUGCAGAGCUGGAUACUGUCGUCGAAGAGCUGUACAACGUCGCCAUGGCUUUAUGCAACAGUGCUGGAGUUGCUCAUUAACUGAGAUUGGUUUCCGUCCAUUCUGCUUUUUCUUUUGUUUCUUCGAUUCCCUCGCUUCGCUCUUCAUUGCUACUCUUCUGAAUUGUCAAUACAUUCUGGUUGAAAAUUA